GUUAAAUUGAUAUGGCUUUCAAUGUGUGGGUUCUGGCGCUAGUUUUGUUUAUUCUUUUAGGUGGAAUGACUUGGUAUAUAAUAAAUCGAUGCGCUGAUGGUCGGUUUUCUUCAAACCCAGUCUAAUUAUAACUUUUUGUUAUGGUAAAGGAAUAUAUCAAAACUGAAGGAGAAAUCAAAGUGGCAAUUUAUCUACUUCAUCAUAGUUCAAUGUACUUCAAAGAUGCUACAUCAGACCAUAUUCCUGAUUUUAAUGAUUGUGGAGCAACCAACAUAUAUGACUGCUCACACCUUUAUCCUGCAAAGUUAAUAGAAAAAGCCGGAAAUAAUCCUACCAAAGAAGAUCUCGAAGUGAUUUGUCCGCACUUGCUCAUUUUCACCUUAUGCCGUGAUACCUACGUCCAGAAUUGUGCCCAUCCGAGUGUAGUACAUCAAUUCGAAAUCAAAGAAUUACAACUUUAUAUAGAAAUCUGUAACCCGAAUUCUGCUAUACGUACAAAGUAUUUGGAACAUCAGUCCUGUUUCAAGUACUUAGAUACUGAUGGAUACGAGUUGGAAUGCUACAAAGCUGCUCAAAAAGCCUACAAGAAUCACAUUAGUGAGCAAAACACAUCCAUUAAACCUCAUUCCAAUCAUGAAGCUUGUCUGGAACUGGCCUACACAUACUGGUGUGCUGGCAUUGAAGUAAUGAAAGAAUGCGGCGAAGAAGCAUACAGAACAUUCCUCAAAAUUGAAAACAUGAGGCCUCUUUCCGAUGUAUUAAGACUGUAUUGUUCUCAGAUAAAUUUCGAACUAGAGUUCCUGUCUGGUUUUUUCCCAUCUGUAGAAAACGCAAAGAAUGAUAUGUUACAAAUGAUACGUUCAAAUGAUGCUGACUAUCAAACUGUGUAACAACCUUGAAUAAA